ACCAUGUUGAGAACUAUAAUUGAGGCGGCCAUCGAGAUCGCAUUCCCUCUUUGCUCACCUGGUAUUUCAUGACCAUUUCUGUGAGUCCAAGCGGACAACGCGCGCAACUAUCUUUCCCGCCUCUGUUAACAUCACAUGCUGUCCUACCCUACCGCCGUGCGGCUGCCUGACCGGCAUCCCAGCUGCAUGUCGAUCUACAUUGUAUGACUGCUGGAUGCGUCCGAGUCUCGAGGUCAUCACCUUGGCCAUAUAAUCAUCGACAGCCUCACCGGGGAUCGGCUUGCCCACUCAUCUCGCACACCUCCCAGAUUCCUGUCAGGCGGGUUCACAAUCCAGCUGCGAGCUUUGUGCUUUGUACCACCCUCACACACACGCCUCUCGCUUAAGCACAGCCUGAAUGCCUGCUGCUGCAUAUCACUUUACCACCGUCUGCCUAGGCUUCGCAACAUGCCCUCACUAUGGCCCCUCAGGCUGUCUGCAGUGGCAUUUGACUACGUGCAGCUACUGCCCUGUCAUUAAUUCAGCCUUCAUCUACACAUAACCUGAAGGGGACUUUCCGUGUUUUUUAUUUUCUACAACUGACCGCCACACAACUCGCAUGGCUUCAACUGGUCACCUUUUGCCGGUUAUUGACCAUCUAUUUUGAUAUGGACCGUUGCUAGUUCAAUCCGGGACUAUGUGGCCAAGUGUGUCAACUUCCGUCAGAGUCGACUAAUUGAAAGGCUUCUCGAUAGCUCCACGCCCACGGAGGUUGUCAGCAAGUCGUGCAUGCAGCUUGCAACUCUUUCCGGACCAAUAUCAAUUGGCAUUUCUACACGACUCCUUCCCUGGCCAAAUGAUCAGUUGAACAUCAUGAUGCCGUUGCCUCCGCCAGUGAAAACAGAGUUGAAACGCUCAUUAUGCGGUCGCCUGUGCCUUCCGAACUCCCGGAGCUAACAAUUCAGAAGGAGACUGUACAACAUUGUACAAUUAAUAGGAGGUCUUCGUUCCUGGAUUGAGUUGACCUGGUUGAAACCAAUUGAUGGGGAGACGAGAUAGGCUAGACGAGUCGUAGAUGACUAAGCGAGUCCCGCGUAAAAUUCCGAGCCACCACCGCAACUCCAAUAAUUUUUUUGUCCAUCCACUGCCGCCGUACAUUGUUAUCGUCGUCGACGACGAGCCAUCAUAUACCAGUACGAUUUCCACUGGGCUCAAGAUAACUGCCGUCUUCUCCCUGCUAUACCAUCCACACCAUGUCCAAGACAGCAGCCGCCCGGCGGCAUAACCCUCUCGAAGACGAUAUCGCAACCUCUGGGGGUCGCCUACGCACGAAAUCAAUCACUGGCAAGAGGAAGUCUCGAGGAGACGACGAUCGGCAUGGCGAUGGAUACAUUGACGCUCGAUCUUCGCAGAAGAUUCUAUCCAUCGCACAAGAUCUUGCAGACGAAGAAGCCGAGGAUCGAAAAGCUGCCGCCGCUGGAGGAGUGUCAUCCGCCAGUGCCGCAUUCGGUUUUGAUUCGAGGUUUGCCGCAGACGACCAAGACGACGAAACUGGUGCGAAGAACCAGUAUGAUGAUGAGGAGUGGUAUCCAGAAGAGGAGGAGGAGGCUGUCGCCGAGGAGGACGUGGACCCGGAAGACAUGGCAGUUUACAAGAAAUUUCUCCAAGAUGGAGAGGAGUUUGGUGAUUUCGCACCAUCAAUAGCGAAUUUGACGACGGAAGACCAGCGACGAGACCGAGGACCUACGUCAAAUGUCGAUGAGGAGGAGGGUGCAGGUGCUGGUGGAUUUGGACAGACCACUAACCUCACGGAGCUGAUCCUGCAACGAAUUGCCGAGAAAGAAGCGCAGGAGGCUGCUCGCAAUCAAGGCGGUCAGCAACAACCUGCCUUCAUGGGAUCAGGAGCACCAGAGGAUGCGGUCGAGAUACCCAUGAAAGUCGUGGACACUUUCACCAAAGUCGGCCUACUCUUGUCUCGGUACAAGUCAGGACCGUUGCCGAAACCGUUUAAAAUCCUCCCAACUUUACCCCAGUGGCCCGAAUUAUUGGCAAUUACCCGUCCUGAGAGCUGGACGCCGCAUGCCGUGUAUCGGGCCACCAAGAUCUUCAUCUCAGCCCCGGCUGCAUCAGGGCAGCACUUCUGCGAGACCGUGCUUCUCGAGCGCGUCCGAGAAGACAUCCAGGAAACGAAAAAGCUCAACGUGCAUCUUUACAACGCUCUAAAAGCCUCCUUCUACCGGCCGUCCGCCUUCUUCAAGGGGCUUUUGUUUCCGCUGGUCGAGUCCGGCUGCACACUGCGCGAAGCGCACAUUGUUUCGUCGGUGUUGGCCAAGAUCAAGAUUCCAGUCUUGCAUUCUGCCGCGGCCCUGUUGCGACUGUGCGAGAUUUCGGCCGAGCAGACAUCCAACAUCAACAGCGAAGCUGCGGGUGCUGCCAACAUGUUCAUCCGCGUCUUGCUGGGCAAGAAAUACGCCCUGCCUUACAAAGUGGUUGACGCGUUGGUGUUUCACUUCCUACGAUUCCGUGCAUCCAAGGAUCCCAACGAGCAGGAUGUUGGUCUGGGAAGCAAAGAAGCCAAGCUGCCCGUCUUGUGGCAUCAGAGUCUCCUGAUCUUCGCACAGACCUACCGCAAUGAAAUUACAGAGGACCAGCGCGAGGCUUUGCUGGAUUUGUUACUCGUCAGGGGUCACAAGGACAUUGGUCCCGAAGUUAGGCGCGAGUUGCUCGCAGGCAGGAAUCGCGCUGCCGGUGCCCAGGGCAAUGCGGAGAUGAGGGAUGUGGAGCAAGAAGAAGUAGUCCGAGACGACGGCGACGACACCAUGGAUGUCACUGUAUGAGCCGGUGCUAGUGUCACAGUCCCUGCCGCCUUCGAACUGUGGAAGGGAAGUUCCUCCUCACGAACUCAUGAAGAAAAAGCUCAAGAGUAGUCUUUAAAUAUGAUGCACAUGAAUCUGGAAGUGUUUCUGUCUUCUGUCCAACGUGUGUACCGCUCCUCACGUACCCGCACGACGGGAAUCC